AGUUUGUAGUCACUAACACCAUAAUGGGGUUUGGCAAGUGGUUGUUUGGUGUUGUGAUUUUGGCUUGUGGUGCGUCAGCACAAAACCACUGGAUACCACAGAAACACCAGCCCCUGUUUCCUCAUCAAGCGCAGCCACAGGUCACUACUUUUGAUAAGUGCAAUGUGGAGGAGGGUGACAAGAUUGAAUGUGGGACUUCGGAUAUCACUGUGGAGCAGUGUGAAAAAAUCAACUGCUGCUUUGACGGGUGGAAGUGUCACUAUGGAAAAGGAGUGACUGUGCAGUGUACCAGGGAUGGUCAGUUUGUGGUGGUUGUUGCCAAAGACACCACUGUGCCUCCCAUUGAUGUGAACUCGAUCAGUCUGCUGGAGUCCAAUGGUGACUUCUGUGGUCCAGUUGACAGCACCUCAGCCUUUGCCAUUUUUCAGUUUCCUGUGACUGCAUGUGGUACUACACUCAAGGACGAUGAAAACUACAUUGUCUAUGAAAACCACAUGUCUUCAUCAUAUGAAGUAGGAGUUGGACCCAGAGGAUCAAUCACAAGAGACAGUCAUUUUGAGUUGUUGUUCAUGUGCAAGUACUCUGGCUCAGCUGUGGAAGCUCUUAUCUUGGAGGUCAACCCUGUUCCUGCUCCUCAACCAGUUGCAGCUCUGGGACCCCUGAGAGUGGAGCUCAGACUGGCAAAUGGACAAUGUCUCGCAAAGGGUUGCGUAGAAGAAGAGGAAGCAUACAACUCAUUCUACAACCCAGCUGAAUAUCCGGUAACCAAAGUGUUGAGGCAACCAGUUUAUGUUGAGGUCAGGGUGCUUGGAAGGUCUGACCCAAACAUUGUCCUAAACCUUGAUCACUGUUGGGCCACUGCAACCCCAAAUCCCCAAAGUGUUCCCCAGUGGGACCUCCUUGUUGAUGGGUGCCCUUACCAGGAUGACAGAUACUCAACGAUAUUGGUUCCAGUGGAUAGCUCUUCUGGCCUUGAGUACCCAACUCAUUACAAACGGUUCAUCAGCAAGAUGUUUGCAUUUGUGGUUCCAGAAAUAUAUACUCCCCAGGAGACGGUGUACAUCCACUGUGCCACAGCUGUGUGCUACCCAAGUAGCACAAACUCCUGUGAACAACGCUGUCAUCGUCAGCGAAGAGCUGCGGUAAAGAUUCCUUCAAGUCAGAAGGCUCUGGUCUCCAGUGGUAAAGUGAUCCUGAUCAAGAGUCCUGCAUUUCACUUGAAAAGUUAAAAUUGCUCUUGGCCAUCUGUUUUAAUAAAGCUUGUCAAAGCUCAUGCUC